AUGUCAGGCACCGCAUACGACUACUAUCCCUAUUCCCAGCAAUAUCAAAACUACACCCCACCUACUACCAGCGAAUAUUCCAGCCAGGGCUUCGCUCAACCGUAUCACCAUCAACCGCCUCAGUACGACCAGCAGCAGCAGCAGCAGCGAUACUACGCCAACACACCGGCCUCUCAGCAGCCUCCCUACUCAUCAUACUCUGACCCACACGCUGACUCUGCAUCAUCAUCAUACUACAACGGAACCGGAGCUGGUGACAACCCUCAGUACUACCAAGGAACUGGACCUGCACCUGCAGCCGAAACCGACCGCGGCUUACUGGGCGCCUUGGGCGGUGGCGCCGCAGGAGCUUGGGGUGGCCAUAAAGCCGGCCACGGCGUGCUGGGUGCGCUAGGCGGAGCGAUCGUGGGCUCCCUGACGGAAGAUUACGCCAAGAAACACGGCAAGAAAUCGUCGAAACCGCAUAACAAGCACCAGAAUCAGCAUCAGAAUGCCGCUUACGGAUAUGGGGGCGGCGCUUCGACCGCGGGCGCCGGUGCGGGCGGCCAUGGUCUAAGUGGUAUGGCGAGCAGCUUUUUCAGCCAUAAGAGAUAG